AUGACAUACUUCCAACCAACCAACAGCGACACGGUCUGGCAGCGCGAAAAGACAACCAUCAUCCAGGCCAUCACCAAGGCGGCGCCGUCCACGGUGCUGCUCGACGUGCUCUGCGUGCCGCUCGAGGUGGUGGGCGGCGCCGUGUCGCGCACCGUCGUCGUCUGCACCAAGACGAGGAUCGACAACGCCACGCGCGCCGCCAUCCGCACGCGCAUCGCCGCCCUGAAUCCGUGCGAGGACCGCUUCGAUGUCGUCUACAGGACCGGCGAGAUCACCCGCAUCUACGCCGAGGUCAUUGGUGCGAGCAGGGAGUGGAUCGCGGCCGUGUGGGAUGAGGAUGGCGAUGAUGUUAAUGAUGAUGAUGACGUCUGUGAUGUCUCUGCUGGCGCUGAUCAGGGGUCGGUGGUGGGCGGCAAAGGGGACGGAGGAGAAGCAGAGGAGACUUUGACCAUGGUGGAUGAUCUUGUCAAGGCAGAGGUCGCCAAGGCGCUCCGGGAGAUCGAGGCCGACGCCGCGGCCCACCAGGUCGACGCCGAGGUCUCUGAGCCGAUGGAACAAAUCGAGGCCGACGUCAAGGCCGAGCGUCGUCCCAGGGUGCGUUUCGCCAUCGAGCCGUCGGAAUCCUGUAAAUCAACCCCUGAGAAGGCAUCACCGGCAGUCAUAGACGCCGUCAAAGAGCAAGUCAAACCAGAGGUUCGCAGGCCAUGUCUCGCAAAGCCGGCCACCAGGCCAUCUGGACUCCAGCCACCCAGGCCAAUCUCGGCCAUCCCAAGCAGGCUUCAGGCUCCGACUAAACCUGCACCACCAAGAGGGCUUCCUCGUCCCCAUUCCCGAUCUCAAUCUCUCUCUGUGUGCCAGCGUCAAAGUUCCUCACCCGCACCCAAGACGCAAGAUCAGCAGCAGCAGCAGCAGCAGCAGCAGCAGCAAUCCAAAACACUCCCUCGCGUACAGGGCAUGAGCAGGCUGCAGGCCCCAAGAAAGUCGACCUCGCUGUCGGCUCCCCCUCCAGCUCCGGUGCAGAGCAAGCUGAAGGUGCCACAGGCCAAAAGCCGGAUUGUCCAACCGCGAGCAAAGAUGGAGCCUGCUUGUGAGCCAGCUACGCCACGGGUCACCACCAAACUGUUGACUCCACCGCAGGUUCGAGGGCUUCCUAGACCUUCCACUAGGAUGGGCAUGCUUCCAAGGGCUCUCCCUCGGCCGACAAGAGGUUAG